CUCAGCCACCCUGAUGCCUUCCCGGAGGCAACCAUCGCUGCUGGCUGCUUUUGGAUCUUUCCAGAUAUACUUUAAAAAUCCCAGUGGGGACAGGUGUGGUGGCUCACAUCUGUAAUCCCAGCACUUUGGGGAUUUUUAGUAGACAUAGGGUUUCGCCAUGUUGGCCAGGCUGGUCUCAAACUACUGACCUCAGGUGAUCCUCCCGCCUCGGCUUUCCAAAGUGCUGGGAUUACAGGCAUGAGCCACCGCGUGCCUGGCUGUUUUUGUUUUGUUUUUUAUUGUGGUAAAAUACACAGAAUACACAAAUUGCUAUCUUAAUCAUUUUUAAGUGCACAAUUCAGUGGCAUUAAAUACAUUCAUAACGUUGUGUAUCCAUCACCAUCAUCCAUCUCCAGAACUCUUUUCGUCUUGCAAAAUGGAAACUCUGACCCCUCAUUCCUCUUCCCUGCAGCCCCUGGCAACCACCAUUCUCCUUUCUGUCCCUUUGAUUGUGACUCCUCUUAACUACCUCCUUACGAGUGGAAUCAUAUAGUACUUGUCGUUUCGUGACUGGUUUAUUUCACUUCACAUAAUGUCCUCGUUGUGACUUGUUUAUUUCUAAAAGUAACCACUGGCGCCUUGGUGCAGAUGGAACUCCAGGUGCAUGCGGUGAGUUAACCAUGGCCUGGGGAGCUUUGUUUCCACGCCUAGGACAUGCAUCUGUGUGCAUGAUAUGUGAGCUGAUAUAGCCAUGCCUCUGGUGAUUUGAACGCCUGCGCUUCCCAGCUGCUUCAGGGCCCUGAACAUCGCUGGAUGUUUGUACUUCAUUCCCUCCUCAGCCCAGCUGGUCCCACUCCGCAGCUGUGCUCUAGGCAUUUCAUCUCAACUGGGUGAUAUAUUUGAAUACAGCAAUUAUAAGAACAGCAACCUCAGAAGAACAUCUGGCAUCCAGACCUCCCCAGCCUAGUUCCACAAGACCAUCAACAAGAUUUCAAGGCUUUAAAGAAAGGAGCUGCUUCAGGAAGAGACAAAAUGACUCGAACGCUAUAACCUUCAAAUGCAGACUGUGAGAAGAGCCCAGCCUGACUCCUGGAGAUUGUGAAUAGCUCCAUCCAGCCUGAGAAACAAGCCGGGUGGCUGAGCCAGGCUGUGCACAGAGCGCCUGACGGGCCCAACAGACCCAUGCUGCAUCCAGAGACCUCCCCUGGCUGGGGGCAUCUCCUGGCUGUGCUCCUGGCCCUCCUUGGCACCACCUGGGCAGAGGUGUGGCCACCUCAGCUGCAGGAGCAGGCUCCGAUGGCCGGAGCCCUGAACAGGAAGGAGAGUUUCUUGCUCCUCUCCCUGCACAACCGCCUGCGCAGCUGGGUCCAGCCCCCUGCGGCUGACAUGCGGAGGCUGCUCGUGUGGGCCACCUCAAGCCAGCUGGGCUGUGGGCGGCACCUGUGCUCUGCAGGCCAGGCAGCGAUAGAAGCCUUUGUCUGUGCCUACUCCCCCGGAGGCAAUUGGGAGGUCAACGGGAAGACAAUCGUCCCCUAUAAGAAGGGUGCCUGGUGUUCGCUCUGCACAGCCAGUGUCUCAGGCUGCUUCAAAGCCUGGGACCAUGCAGGGGGGCUCUGUGAGGUCCCCAGGAAUCCUUGUCGCAUGAGCUGCCAGAACCAUGGACGUCUCAACAUCAGCACCUGCCACUGCCACUGUCCCCCUGGCUACACGGGCAGAUACUGCCAAGUGAGGUGCAGCCUGCAGUGUGUGCACGGCCGGUUCCGGGAGGAGGAGUGCUCGUGCGUCUGUGACAUCGGCUACGGGGGAGCCCAGUGUGCCACCAAGGUGCAUUUUCCCUUCCACACCUGUGACCUGAGGAUCGACGGAGACUGCUUCAUGGUGUCUUCAGAGGCAGACACGUAUUACAGAGCCAGGAUGAAAUGUCAGAGGAAAGGCGGGGUGCUGGCCCAGAUCAAGAGCCAGAAAGUGCAGGACAUCCUCGCCUUCUAUCUGGGCCGCCUGGAGACCACCAACGAGGUGAUUGACAGUGACUUCGAGACCACGAACUUCUGGAUCGGGCUCACCUACAAGACCGCCAAGGACUCCUUCCGCUGGGCCACAGGGGAGCACCAGGCCUUCACCAGUUUUGCCUUUGAGCAGCCUGACAACCACGGGUUUGGCAACUGCAUGGAGCUGCAGGCUUCAGCUGCCUUCAACUGGAACGACCAGCGCUGCAAAACCCGAAACCGUUACAUCUGCCAGUUUGCCCAGGAGCACAUCUCCCAGUGGGGCCCAGGGUCCUGAGGCCUGACCACAUGGCUCCCUCGCCUGCCCUGGGAGCACCGGCUCUGGUUACCUGUCUGCCCACCUGUCUGGAACAAGGGCCAGGUUAAGACCACAUGCCUCAUGUCCAAACAGGUCUCAGACCUUGCACAAUGCCAGAAGUUGGGCAGAGAGAGGCAGGGAGGCCAGUGAGGGCCAGGGAGUGAGUGUUAGAAGAAGCUGGGGCCCUUCGCCUGCUUUUGAUUGGGAAGAUGGGCUUCAAUUAGAUGCCGAAGGAGAGGACCCCGCCAGUGGUCCAAAAAGGCUGCUCUCUUCCACCUGGCUCAGACCCUGUGGGGCAGCAGAGCUUCCCUGUGGCAUGAACCCCACAGGGUAUUAAAUUAUGAAUCAGCUGAACCUGUGCAUGCUCAUGUCAAAGGGAAAUUCAGAUGAUCCAGGAUGACCCUGGAGAGACCAGAGGGGGCCUGAGGCUUCACUGCAGCGGCCUCCACCCACCUAUUCCCUUUCCUGGUCACCUUCAUGGUCCAGGACACUCUCUGGAAGUUCUGGGUCUCCCCAAGAAGAGGAAGACCAGACUCUGCCUCAGUGAGGGGCAGUUCUCAUGGCUGGGGCCCAGGCAGGCAGGGUAUUAAUAGAAGUUGCUCUGAAUGUCUGGGAGACGACGCGUGUGUGUUGCCCCCACCGGCGGAGUGUCAUCGCACCAGGGCCAAUGGUAGUCAGAGCCUGUGCAGUCCCGCUCCCUCACCCAGCUCCUCAGACAUCACCCACAAGGGGUUAUCACUAUCCCAGUUUACAGCGGAAGAAAUGAAGGCAGAGAGAUUGAGUAACUUGCAUAAGAUCAUACAGCUGGGAAUCAAACCCAGUGAGUCUGGCUGUCAUUUAUUUAUUUAUUUUUCUUUUCUUUUUUUUUUUUUUUUUGAGACGGAGUCUCGCUCUGUCGCCCAGGCUGGAGUGCAGUGGCACGAUCUCGGCUCACUGCAAGCUCCGCCUCCCAGGUUCACGCCAUUCUCCUGCCUCAGCCUCCCGAGUAGCUGGGACUACAGACGCCCGCCACCACGCCCGGCUAAUUUUUUUUUUUUGUAUUUUUAGUAGAGAAGGGGUUUCACCGUGUUACCCAGGAUGGUAUCGAUCUCCCGACCUCGUGAUCCACCCGCCUCGGCCUCCCAAAGUGCUGGGAUUACAGGCGUGAGCCACCGCGCCCGGCCCUAUUUUUUUUUUUUUGAGACAGAGCCUCGCUUUGUCGUACAGGCUGGAGUGCAGGGGUGCAAUCAGGGUUCACUGCAGCCUCCAACUCCCAGGCUCAAGCGAUCCUCCUGCCUCAGCCUCCCAAGUAGCUGGAACCACAGGUCCGCACCACCACGCCCCGCUAUUUUUUGUGUUUUUUGUAGGGACGGGGUUGCACCAUGUUGCUCAGGCUGGUCUCGAACUCCUGUGCUCAAGCGAUCCGCCAUCCUGGGCCUCCCAAAGUGCUGGGGUUACAGGCAUGCGGCCUCGCGCCGGCCCAGUCUUUCCCUCUCCCACUGCUUCCCAGGGCUUCGCCUGUCUAACCGGGCGCGGGCAGUUGUUCUGUGUCCUGGCUCAGCGCGGACCUACGCGGGGUGAUCACACAGAUGCCCCCAGCUCUCUCUACCUCCCGCGAAGGCGCUGAGCCCCCUGAUCCCUGCCCGGGCACUGGCGCAAGGUCGCCUGCGAGCGCCAGGCCUUCCUGCCCGGUGGGAGACGGGAGGGCCAGCUCUCCGGCUCGGUCUGGUUCCCGGGUCAGCCAGCAGCCGCGCCUCUUCCUCCCGGACCCGGGACCUGCCCCUUGGCCGGGCCGCGGCCGCAGCGCCCGGAGGGGCCGCCCUGCGCAUGCCCGCGGGAGGCGGGUGACCCGGGCGCGCGCUGCCCGAGGCCGGGGGGCGGUGGGGACAGCACAGGCGGGGCGGCCGAGCCGAGACCUUCCCACCCCGCCCCACGCCUGGUUGGGGACCUGACGCGCCGUCGUGAGUGGGGCGGGUGCAGGUGUCCCUGGGGGCCGGGGGCAGACACUGGUGCGGGACGACCUGCUCCCGAGGGGGUCCGCAGGCCACACCCAGAGAAACUGGGGCGCCUUCAGUCACCGCCGCGGUCCGCCCUGCCCGAGGCUUUGACCCCCUGAAUCAGCGUCAGGGCAGGGAUCCGCGUGGGGUGGAAGAGGCUGGGAAACUGGGGAGUCCCGGGCCUCCUCUGGAGCCGCCCGCCCUUGGCUGGCUGGUCCUUCUCUUCCGCGGCUCCCGCCGGGCUGGGCCCUGGGCCGCCCUCACUCCCUGCCCUCUGCAGCCUCCCUUGCGUUUGUCAUUCACUCUGCCAGGCUCUCCUCCUGCCUCCGCAUGCCCAACGAUCCGGAGAAAAACACGGACCAUGACAUCAAAAGGCCUUGGCAAAGGAAUCGUGAUUAUUUUGAUACAAGAUUCUGCACCUCAAAGGGGAUCCCUGUAGUGAGUUUUGGAAAACGUACAAAGCCUGACUUACAGUAUGCCUGUUAUCUGUGGCGUUUCAUCUGGGGAACUUACUUUUCCUUGAUAGGGUAAACUAUUCUCAUCCAGAGUAUGUCCCUCAGUCUGUAAAAGUCCAUGGUGCCCUACAUCUAUUAGGGGAGUGAAGAAGGGCAGUGGGCAUUGGAUCUGCUUCUUUGAAAGCCCCCACCUGUGUUUAGCUUCUGUUAGAGGCCUUUGAACCAGAGCAACUCCAUCUUGGGUAGGCGCUUGGUAAAAUGAGGCUGAGACCUACUGGGCUGUGUUCCCAGGCGGUUGAGGCAUUCUAAGUCACAGGAUGAGAUGAGAGGUCGGCACAAGCAGUAAAGAAGCCGCGGCCAAAACCCACCAAAACCAAGAUGGUGAUGCGAAUGACCUCUGGUCGUCCUCACUGCUACACUCCCACCAGCGCCAAGACAGCUUACAAAUGCCGUGGCAACGCCAGAAUGUUACCCUAUAUGGUCUAAAAAGGGGAGGCAUGAAUAAUCCACCCCUUCUUUAGCAUAUAAUCAAUAAAUAACCAUAAAAAUGA